AGGUGGAAAAGCCUGCGUGAUAAGUUCAGGAUCACCUUUACUGCUAUCCCCAAAACGAAGGCAGGCGAUGCCCAGUUCGCUUACAAUAUGCACGAGUGGAGAUAUUUUAGAAGCCUUUUGUUUUUAAGAGAUCAAUUUUCAGCUAGAAAAUCUUCUGAAAAUUCCGUUAGCGAAAAUAAUGAUGAUAUCCUUGAAGAUACAUUCGAAAGCUUGCUAAACGAUGCUGACCAUGAUGGGGAGAAAGAUAUGAAUUUUGUGCUCCCAUCACAGGAAAUUAAUGACGGAUCUCGCCAAGAUUUUACGCCUUCUUCGUCGCGGGCUUCCACAUUCGAUGAAAACCCUCCACAGGCAAAAAGGUCCAAACAAGAUAGCCUUGGUGAUGCUUUACUGCAGAUAGAGAUGGAAAAGCUUAACUAUUUAAAAGAGCAAGAACUGCACAAACAAGACGACGAAGAUUUGAGUUUUUUCAAUAGUUUGUUGCCGGCCGUUAGAAAAUUUUCAGCAGUUGAUAAAUUGGAUUACCGAAUGAUGAUAUUGCAGGUCACUAGAAACUUUUUGACGAAAACAGAAACUGACACAGUGGGAGCAGCAGCUGCUCCUGCUACAGCUGGAACACUAUCGAUGAUCAUGGCCAUCGAUAGUUUCAAUAGUCCAUAGUCACAACCAUCGAUAGUAUCGAAAAUGUCGACACCAUAGAUAGUACUAUCUAUAGUUUUGAUUGAAAAAGUCCAAAAAUUAAACAUAACAACUUUUAUUGAAAAUGUGAUCAGAAUUUGUCGAUAUUUUUGUUAAGGAACAAAAGCUUAUCAACUAUUUUUGGCUUCAAGCACCAUAUGCGCUCUAAAAUAUGUAUGUUACUGAAUAAUGUAUGUAUGAGUGAAAACUAUCGAUAGUGAUUACAAGACCAUCGAUGUUUUCGAUAGUCAAAAACCAUAGAUAGUUUUCCAGCUCUAGCUCCUGCCUUUGAUGAUAUACUGUAAGUUAGAAAACCGAUCAUUAAGUGAUUUUUGUACGGUAUUCACCAGAUUUUUAUGUUUGGUGUUUUCUUCAAAUUUUUAUGAAAGUAUAGUGCAUGACUUGACUAAACCUUCGGAACCAAAACUUUAAAAUUUAACAAUUCAAAACAUUUGUAUAUGCGAAUUAAAAAAAAAAAAAAACAAUUUAAUUAGUGGUGCGGUUUUAUUGCUUAUUUAAUUUUAGCAUUAUAAAUUGCAAGUUUAAAGCGACCAAAAAUAUCCUUCGAUUUUUUGUUUGCGUUAUGCAUACAUAUGUAUGUAUGUAAAAUUUUAAAUUAGGAUUUACCAAUAUUU